AUGUCAAAUAAAAGCCUUUUCUCAAGAAUGGAAUAUUUGCUUUUCUAAACUAUAACGGAUGGAGAGGAGAAGGUCUCCAUCUCUCAGUUAAUUGCUGCUCUUAAAAGCACUGGACUGCUAACCUCUGACCCUCGUCUUCGGGACUGCAUGGAAAAUCUGCGACAAGCUGUCCAGGAAUCUGUCAGUGAAGUCACGAUGGACCGGGAGCUCUUCCGCAAGUGUGUAGGUGGGAACAUUGUCCUGCUGUCACAGGCCUUUAGAAAGAAAUUCAUAAUUCCUGAGUUUUUAGCAUUUGUUGCCAUCAUAAACCAGAUCUAGAACACGGUGAAACAGUGAAACGAUGGGCUAGUAGCAGAUUACGUUCCACAUCUUGCCAAAUUUAGUCCUAAUCUGUGGGGGAUGUCGAUAUACACAGCAGAUGGUCAGAGGCACUCAGUGGAUAACACCAAAGUGCCAUUGUGCCUGCAGUCUUGGUAUGCUGUCGCUGUACACGAGCACAGGACCGUGCAUGUGCACCGAUUCGUGAGCAAGGAGCCUAGAGGGUUCAAGUUCAACAAGCUGUCCCUUGAUGAAGAUAAAAAACCUCACAAUCCAGGAGCAGGAGCAAUUGUCAUCAGCUCUCUUAUCAAGCCUGGGUCACACAAAGCAGAGAAAUUUGACUAUUUUGAACUAAGUCAUUCUGUUGGCAUUCUCCAGCUUAUGGACUUUGUGAAGAAAAUGGUAGGAAUGGAAUAUGUUGGCUUUAGUAAUGCCACGUUCCAAUCAGAAAAGGAGACAGGAGACAGAAACUUUGCAAUAAGCUACUAUCUCAAAGAGAAAAAGUUUUUUCCUCGUGGGGCAGAUAUGAUCGAUGCUCUUGACUUUUACUUCCAGCUGUGAUCCAUCGAGGUGACAUGCGAGUCAGGCAGUGUGAUUGCAGCCACACUGGCUAAUGGGGGCAUCUGCCCUAUCACGGGUGAACGUGUGCUGAGCAGCGAGGCCAUGAAGAACACCCUCAGCCUCAUGCACUCAUGUGGCACGUAUGACUACUCCGGCCAGUUCGCCAUCCAUAUGGGAUUACCUGCAAAGUCAGGGGUGUCUGGGGUUGUGUUGUUAGUAGUCCCCAAUGUGAUGGGGGUCUGGUGUUGGUCACCACCUCUGGACAAGGUGGGGAACAGUGUAAGGGGCAUCCAGUUCUGCCAGGAACUGUUGUCUUUGUUGUAUAACAAGUCUGUGAUGAACCUGAUGUUUGCAGCUCAGAGUGGAGAUGUUUCAGCCCUCAGGCGGUUUGCUCUGUCAUCCAUGGAUUUAGACCAGAAGUACUAAGACUGUCGUACAGCAAUUCAUGUUGCUUCUACUGAGGGCCAAGUGGAUGUGACAUGCAAAGUGAACCCCUUUGUGAAAGACAGGUGGGGAAACAUCCCUCUGGAUGAUGUGGUGCAGUUUGGCCAUGCGAGUGUGGUGAAGAUCCUGCAGAAGUACCAUCAGACCUGAACCGGUACCAUCAGUAUGGACGUGUCUCAGGCUAGGCCAGAUCACACUGACCAACC